GAGUGACAAGUUUCUCUCUAUUAUAUUCAGAUAAUAAGUAAUUACAGCGAAUUGAGUUAAAGUAAUAUCCCUAUGUGCCCAAUUCAUCUAAAACAUCAGUAUCUUUCUUUCUGUAGUGUAGGCUUAGAUGUAAAAAUAUGGUGUUCAGAAACUGAUGCAGGUCAUGCCUUGAAAAGGAAUAAGUGGACAGAAAGCAAAACUUGAAAGAUAGCAAAAAUGACAAUAAAAGAUAUAAUUUCAUCUCUGAGUGACAACCCUUACUUUGGAGCUGGGUUCGGCCUAGUAGGGCUAGGGUCAUUGUUAGCUCUUGGCAAGAAGGGCUCCCAGUAUGGAAUGAUUGCAUUCCGCAGACACUUUAUGAUGACGUUAGAGGUACCAAGUAGAGACAAAAGUUACAAUUGGUUGCUUCAAUGGAUAACAGCGUAUGCUAAUAGAACCCAGCACCUUAGUGUGGAGACAACUUUUCAACAAAGCCAGAGUGGUAAAAUUAACACCAAAUUUGAUUUUGUACCAAGUCCGGGAAAUCAUUUUUUCAGUUACAAGAACACCUGGAUUCGAGUUGAGCGGAACCGGGAAAAGCAAAUGAUUGAUUUACACACUGGCACACCAUGGGAAACCGUAACGCUCACUGCAAUUGGAAGAAACAGAGCCAUGUUUUUUGAGAUCCUUAACCAAGCAAGAGAGAUGGCUUUGGAGCAACAGGAGGGCAAAACAAUUAUGUACACGGCAAUGGGCUCAGAGUGGAGGCAGUUUGGGUAUCCAAGAAGAAGGCGGCCAAUAGAUUCGGUUAUAUUACACGAGGGCAUUUCCAGAAUGCUACUAGACGAUGUGAGGGAGUUCAACAAUAACCCAAAAUGGUACUCGGAUAGAGGUAUCCCGUACAGACGUGGAUAUUUAUUGCACGGGCCACCAGGAUGUGGCAAAAGCAGCUUCAUCAUGGCCUUGGCAGGUGAACUCCAGUACAGUAUAUGCGUGUUAAAUCUGAGCGACAGAAGUUUGACUGAUGAUCGGCUGAACCACCUGCUGAAUGUCGCUCCCCAGCAGAGCAUCAUUUUAUUGGAGGACGUCGAUGCUGCGUUUAUAAGCCGAGAAGAAUCAGAGGAGGUUGCAGGGAAAUACCAGGGCUUGGGACGCGUCACAUUCAGCGGCCUGUUGAACACGUUGGAUGGAGUGGCUUCAACAGAGGCUCGUAUCGUUUUCAUGACAACAAAUUAUAUUGACAGACUGGAUCCGGCGCUUAUACGACCAGGACGUGUUGAUGUCAAGCAGUUGAUAAGCUAUGCAACAUCCUACCAGCUUCAACAGAUGUAUCAACGAUUUUAUCCAGAACUUGGAAUAGAAAAGGCCAAAGAAUUUGCAAACCUUGUGACAAAAGCUAACAAGAACGUUAGUGUAGCAUCUGUACAAGGCUUCUUCAUGUUCCAUAAGAACGACGGGCUUGCGGUGUUGCAUAAUAUUGACAAGAUCUGGAAAUUAUAGUCACAGUCGAGCGUAAAUGAACGUACAGAUUAUCAGUCAGCGAGUACAUUUUGGCUAAUAGCGGAUGAAUAUAUCAAAAUAAUAAUAAUUUUAUCGUGGAUGCAAGCUAACCAAUGAACUCACUGUAGAAUGCAAUAUUACUGUAUACAAAUAUUUUUAUUUGUGCAAUGGGAAGAAUAUUUUCAUGAACUGAAUGUUGCACAAGGUGUAGUACAUUUAAUCUAAAAUAAAAAAAAAAACCUUUGUGAAUUGAACAGUCUAUCUUUCAAAGAAUAAAAACAUUGUAUUAGGUGGAGGCAUGUAAGGAACUGGAAUCAAAUUACAUAAAGAAUGGUGCAAAUCAAGAAAA